AUGGGCUGGUCAUGGGUGUGUGUUCAGACGCUCCUUCAGUCGCCACCCUUCCUCUCCUUCAGUCAGUCAGACUCAAACUCUCUACACUCACAGAUGCUCUACAGGACAGAGAAGAAGAUGAAGAUGAAGAUGAAGAUGAUGAUGAUGGCAGCUCUUCUGUCUGCAUUACUGUCCUCCUCCACUGCAGACUCCACCACCGGUGUGCGUGAGCGGAGCUGCAGCUACUCUGGAGUGUUCCAUGUGCAGGGUAAAGAGCGCUACAGCCUGACGUUUGAGGACGCACAGAGACUGUGUGAGCGUUUGUCCACUACAUUAGCCAGUGAGACGCAAGUGAGGACUGCCUUCGACAGUGGACUGGAGACCUGCAGGUAUGGCUGGAUAAACAGCUCAGUGCUGGUGAUCGUCCGUAAAACACCAAAUCCAAAAUGUGCUGGCAACCAAACAGACGUGAUCAUAAAGACUCCAGACGGAAAUAAAUACGACGCCUUAUGUUAUAAUGCUAAAGACACGUCAACAAAGAACUGUACAGCGAAGAUUGUCCCUGAGAAAGUGGACCACGGUUCAGCUUCAGAAGCCGAAGUUUCUCCAGAGCGCACCAGUCCACACAGCUCUACAGAAGCAGCUCUCUCCACAUCAGCAGUUUCUCCAGAGCACUUCACUCCACAUUACUCUACAGACGCAGACUCGUCCACAUCAGCAGUUUCUCCAGCCCGCUUCACUCCAGGCGGCUCUACAGGCUCAGAUUCCUCCACAUCAGCAGAAUCACCUCUGAACACAUCAGCAGCAGCAGCAGCAGAAGCAGACGGAGAGAGAAACACAACUGAGGGAAACACAACACACACCAGUUCUCCACACAGCCACGGGGAACCCAACGGGACGGACUCGACCCCUCAGACCUCCACAGAACUGCAGAUCAGCACGUCAGCGGCUCAUCAGGACACCACAGGCCCGGGCCGCAGGCAGAACACAGUUUCUCCAGAGCUCUUCACUCCACGCAGCUCUACAGAGGCAGAUUCCUCCACAUCAGGCUGGCUGGUCGUGUUACUGACAAUACUGGCAGUUCUGCUCAUUUUACUCUUAUGUUGUAUCGUGGUACACAGCAAAAGGCUGUGUGGACAGAAGCAGACUCUGGUCAUCAACAGCAGCGUCGCAGCAGAGAACGGCUCAGCGGCUACUCACACACACACACACACACAGGAGAUGGUCACACUGCUGAACACAGACGCACUCUAGAGGAACAGCAGCUGAACACACACACACACACAUACACACACAGCAUGAGGAACAGCGGAGAACAACAUGUGUGUGUGUGUGUGUGUUUGUACACAGAAUGACUGCGUGUGUGUCUAUGUGUACAUAAUGUGUGAGCAGAAUGCAUGAUUCUGUACAGAAUGUGUGUGUGUGUGUGUGCGUGUGUGUGUGUGUGUGUGUGUACAGAAUGUGUGUUUGAACAGAAGGUAUGUCUGCAUGUGUGUACUACUGUUUUAGACACACUGUUAAACACUUGUAUAUUGUAUAUUGUUGCUCUUCUGAUCAUAUAACGGCUUCUCAUCACUGUGGAUGAAGGCUCUGCUAGAUGAUUAAAUGCAGUGUAAAUGUACACAAGUAGCAAAGAAUUCUGGCCCAGAAUUGGCCCAAAGCUGGCCCAGCAGGCGUUCAUCCGGCACUGGCAUAGAGCAUGUGGGCCAAACAUGACCCAGGUUUGGCAGAUGUGGUGUUUAAGGCGGCACACAAGACUUGGGCCAGAUAUCAAAUGCAGUAUUUGGACCAGAUGUUAAAGAUGUGGGCCACGUAAGUUUGGCCUGUCCUGACCCACUUUUUAAACACAUCUAAAUUAUUUUUGAGUAAAGAAAAAUUUCGCCCAAUCAGGACACUUCGAGAGAAAGCACGGCCUAUAGCACACCUAAAGCGAAAUGCUUCAUGGGUUUAUCUAAUUCAUUGCAGUCGUGAUGCACCAACAUAUCUGGCCCACUUCAGACCCAGUUAUGGGUUAUUACUUUGCCUGAGACUCGACUCGGAUAUGGUCCAUGUUUGGUCCUUAUAUGGAAGCCAGACUUGGUCCAAUCAUGUUCUGUAAUGCACUGCAGCAUAUGGGUCAAGCUAAAGCUGAUAGUGUGGGCCAGAUCUGGGCCAGAGAAAUGUAGCUAUGUGGGUAGUGUGUGUGUGUGCGCGCGUGGACAGAAAUGAGCAAACACACUUCUGUGUUGUACAUUUCUCUGUAAGCUGUACCCUCAGUCAUGUCCUAAUGCUCACUGAUGUUCCUGUUGACUGCUGUGUUGAACUGUGCAGUGUAGUCUGCAGGUUGUGAGACGGCACUCCUCAGAGCUCUCAGCACUUGGUUGAUCAUAGUUAAUUUUAUAAUUGUUUAUAAUUAAUGUUUGUAUCUCUGUUAAUGCUACUGGACUUUGGUGAUGCUUUGCAAAUGUUGACCACGAGUGUUUCCUGGAGAUGUUUAAAAUAUGACCUGCAAUAAAUGUCAUUUCAACCCCA